AUGUCCAGCAAGGCGGAGCAAUUCGGUAGGAUAGUGUCGAAGAUCGAGCUGCUGGAGGCUGCGGUGAACGGGAUGGCGCGGAAGUUGUCGGAGGGAGAUGCGUCUCACGGGAAAGAGCGCCGGCAGCGCGACAGCAGCGAUGGGCACGCGUCACAAAAGCGGCGGAAGACUGCCUACUGGGGCCUGGACUCGUCGGGGGUGUACCAGGAGGACGUGCUGGGGUCUGGGAAGCUGGGGCCGGUGGAUAUGCUGGCUAGUGCUUCGGUGGGGAACGGGGACAGCGAGGGAGGGGAUAGCAACAAGGGGUGUGACGCGGGGCCGGACUCUGCGGUGACAGAGUUGUUCACGUCGCCGUUUGCGGUGCCGGAGGACCCGCUGCUGGCACGUGACAGCCAAUCGGGCGUGGGUAUGGCGUGCACCAAUUUGAUUCUGACGCCGAAGGGUCUGGAGUGGCUGAAAUCCAAGUGCCUGAACUCGGACUUCGACCUGCAGUGCCUAACGCAGUGCUAUCAUGCCGCAUUCCAGCAGAAAGACGCUCACAUAUGCAAGAUCCCCACGGCCCCGCGCGAGCUACCGGAGGCCAGUAUCUUGGAGAGGCUGCUGGACAUCUACGCACUUUCCGGGGCGCCGGUGCUGUCGGUUAUCUCGGCGCAGUGCACCAUCGAAAUUUAUGCAAAAUACAAGUUCGGUGGGGUUGCUGCAAUGAAGGCGACUGAAGUGAUGGUUCUGAACAUUGUGUUCGCGCUUGCGUGUUUGAUCAUCAAACUUGGUGUGGUAGAGGAAGGCACUAUUUCGUUGCUUGCAUUGAACGUAUCUCCACAGGAACUACAGGAAUAUGAGAACAUAUUUAUUGCGAACGCGUUGCGCUAUACUCACCGAACCACUGUCGUACCGGAGGGACUGUUGUCUGUGAAGGCAAUACUUUGCCUAAUUACGUACACGUCUUUCUCGGGGGCCCUGCAUGCCUCAUAUAUUCUUGUUGCGAUUGCAGCCCGCCUUGCUCAAGAUAUGGGUCUCCAUGCUGACAUUAUGCUCGAAGACUUGACGCCAGAGGAACAGUACAAUAGGCGGAGCAUCUGGUGGUUGUGCCGUUUUUUUGAUCUGCGGCUUGCGAUCACGCUGGGAAAGCCACCCGUAAUUGCUAGCUUUGAUACAAAUACCAAGAUACCCGCAAUGAAUAAUAAAAUUGAACUCCUGGAAAGUGUCAUUUAUGGAUCAUCGGAGGGAGUUGGAGACUAUGAUAUUGAUUUCACGAGGCAGCUCUACAAAAUGGUGCUGCAAUCCGAAGGAUUCAUCGCAAUAGCACGCCACUACAUCUACAAACUUUGUCUCAUUACAUCGCAGAUGUACGAGCAGAUAUGUGCAAGCUCAGCUAAAAUGGAGCCGAAGACUCAGCUGAAGAUAGCGACAAAGUUGAUUGCACAACUGGAAAAAUACCGACUUUCGUUACCUGAAAACAUGCGGCCUGGAACCAAAGAAGAUGAUUUAGACGCAAUAAUAGCCAAUCAGAAUCUAUCCCAAAAUUCUCUGUUCUGGUUGGUGUAUGAGAUACAGUUGAGCUUCCUGAUAGAUAUGAUGAUGGUGCACCGGAGUCAAUACAAAGCGCAAACCCGCCUUUACAAGCAGGGGAAGAUAGACGUAGAACCUGAAUACAAAUGUGUCGAGUAUGCGAGAGAUAUUCUACUGUGCAUUGUACGUGUGAAGCUCGACUAUGUUUCUAUAAUAAUGAGAUCCAAACCAUGGGCGUUUUUGCUGGCGUUCUUUGAUAUCUAUGUCUACUCGAUGGUACAUCAUACUAAUGCGAAGAUAAUUGAAAAAGACAUGCAAUUGUUAAUAAAAGCUUACAACUCCCUGGCACAGGGGUUAACUCCCAAUUCGAAUAUAGAGAACGAAUACCAAAUGGGGCCUAGUUACAGAGAUAAAAACAGUCUUACUCAGAUAAAGAACGUACUGCUAAUCUUCAAAUGCUUGUUAAAUAUUCUGCGGAGCACUUUAGAGGCCAAACUAUGUAUUAAAUUUAACUUGCCAGGUGUGGAACAAGUGCUGCAGUAUACUGAGUUGGAUCAAAACUUUUUCCAGACGCCUAUUGUGGAUAAUGUCAUUCUGAAUUCAGAUAUCAUGCUCAACCCUUUUGCAACUGGAAUUGGAUUCGAAGAGACCGCCGAAGGCUACUGUGGUUUCUUCCGAUAG